AUUUUAGCCAUUUCUGCUAGUACCGAUUUGUUAACCACACACUAAUCAUACACCCCUUUGUUAUGCAUCGCUAUUGGGCCCUGUCUUACCUAUCCCUUGUUGGUUUGGUAUUGGUAAGGACUAGUCCGAAGGAAGUUCACUCGGACUUGUUUUUUGGAGAUAAGUCCGCUCUAAGGUCCAAGUCAUAUAUAGCUGAGGCCUUGCUGACAAAAACUACAACAAUAGCAUCAAAUUUGUUUUUUAAAGUCAUUACAACAACCAGGCCAUCUGUGACAAUCAGGCAGGAUGUAAUCAAGACCAAGGAUAAGUAUCCUGUAAGAACUGACUCCCACCGCAAAAACCGCACACAUAACAAACAACAGUCAAAAAACAAUAAAAAGAGGCGUCUUAAUCUUGCCGCAGCUAAUGGAAAAAAAGAGCAUAGUCCGCAUAAAAUAUUGAAUGACAAAGGACUGCAAGGAAAGACUUCUGCAUUUCCGAAGUCAAAUCGGACUAAUCCUGUAUCAGGAGGCAAAAAUAAGCCUAAUGGAACGGUCUUUCUGGAAGCCAAGAGUAUGUCUUUGAAAGAUGUAAGUGAACAGAACUCACAGACCAGCAAAUCGUCUGACGACAUGCCUAGUGCUUCCUAGUCUCUGACAGUAUAGAUUUAAAAAUGUAUGUCCUGUAAAAAAAACAAAGUAUUGGAAAGAUUUAUAUAAAUGUAAUAAAUUAAAUUAACUGCAAAAUGUAUUGGCAUAUUUGGUUCCCCAAGCUGUUGCCACGCACAAUCUACAGCUCACAAGCUGCCCAAAACUGCCAAGCCCACGCUUUUAAAAAUUUUGUUCAUAUUUUCAGUUUUGUAGUAGUCUUGUACAUUUCUAUCAAUGUGCCAAAAAUCUCCACGUCCACUCUAACGCCCACAAACCACCAAAAACUGCUACGCCCACAGUUUUGAAAAAUGUGUUGAAGCUUUAAUUUUCAUAGUUGGUGAUUUUCUAUCGAUUUGCCAAACAACUUUUUCCUAUGCCCAACACCCAGAAACCGUCCUACAAUGCCCCGCUCACACUUUUGAAACUUUUAUACAUUUUUUUUUUCAUUUUCAUUUAGUUUUAGUUUUUCCCUAUUUCUAUCAAAAUGCCAGAAAAAUUUAAAAAAAAUUGCUCGUUUGCACUGGGUAACGGGUAUCUGAUAGUCGGGGAACUCGAUUAUAGCAUUCUUUCUUGUUUUUAGAUUUAGAUUAGAAAUGGCUAGUCUGGUAAAUCAAACAUAUGCUGCGUACACGUAAAAGUUUUUUUUAGUUCUCAAGAUCGGAAUUUUCUUAUGGACAGCAUUCCUAAUGUAUGCAUUUCUUAUAUAUAUAUAUAGUGGUUUAACAUAGAUAAAAUAGACAGACAGACAAACAAACCGAAUAAAAAUGUAUCUUAAAAGUUUACUCAAAA